AUGUUGUGCACCCGCAUUAUCAAGCACAAGGUAUUUCUCGCAUUUUUCUUCGUGUCCAAGCUUGUGGCAGUUGUUACAAGCAAGGCCUAUGCCGGCGUCACCACGGACGGCAGUGCACCACAUCCAUGGACCGUUGAGCUCCUGACAGUGUACACACUCCGUGUCAAUCUCCAUUCGGUCGCCCACCACAGUCAUGAUGGCGCUCUCUGCGUUCAGUUUGUUGCUGUUCAGAAAGACUGCCAAUGCUUCAGCGGUCAUGGCUCACUCCUCACGAAGACGAGGCUCACGUAA